AGGGAGGCGGCAGCGCGGCCCGCCCGGGCGCCGCGCGUUGGUGGGGUAGCCAUGCCACCGGCAUCGGUGGAGGAGCACACGGCCUGGGCGGUUCCGAGCGCUCAGCUGGCCGGGACUGGCGCCUGCUGCAGGGUUGUGCCAGCCUAGCAGUGUCUGAGCAGAGGUGUCCUCGGAAAGCUCAGGCAGAAGGUGGAUCGGCUCGGACAUCGCUUCUUAUUUUAGUGUCCAUCUUCUUAUCAGCUGCUUUCCUUAUGUUCCUGGUAUAUAAAAAUUUCCCACAACUUAGUGAAGAAGAAAGAGAAUGUAUAAAGGUUCCUAGGGAUAUGGAUGAUGCAAAAGCCUUGGGAAAAGUCCUGUCCAAAUAUAAGGACACAUUUUAUGUUCAAGUAUUAGUGGCUUAUUUUGCCACAUAUGUUUUCUUGCAAACAUUUGCUAUUCCUGGGUCUAUAUUUCUCAGUAUCCUGUCAGGGUUUCUUUAUCCCUUUCCACUGGCCUUAUUUCUUGUUUGUCUGUGCUCAGGACUUGGAGCGUCAUUCUGCUACAUGCUUUCAUACCUGGUGGGACGUCCUGUUGUAUACAGAUACUUAACAGAAAAAGCAGUAAAAUGGUCGGAACAGGUUGAACGACACCGAGAACACCUCAUUAACUACAUCAUAUUUUUGAGAAUAACACCUUUUCUUCCCAACUGGUUCAUCAAUAUAACGUCUCCUGUAAUAAAUGUGCCAUUGAAAGUAUUUUUCAUUGGCACUUUUCUUG